AUGCAGCUUUUUCUUUCCCUGAUCGCCGGCGCAAGUCUGGCGAGCGCCAACCUGCUCUCCACGGAAGGUUUGCUAGCCAAGCGCGACAGCUGGGGUGGAAGUGUUUCGCUGGGCCCAACUAAAUCAACCAUCGUGAAUGCCGUUACCACUCUCAUCCCCGGCACUGCACCAUCUACUCAGAAUGGAGUACUGUUCCUUUGGCCCGGUAUGUCCAAUGGUACUGGCGACCUGGUCCAGACUACUCUCGAGAGCUGGCCGGACAACUCCUGGUGUGGAGCUUCUACUGGGCAAUGGUGCGUUCGCGCUAGUGUCUUCGGAUCUUUUGGCCAGUUAGAUGGCACUGGCAGCCCCGUCAGUGGCUCUGACAAGGUCCGCAUCGAAUACAACCUAGAGAGUGAUGGAGAAACUUGGAAGCACUACGGUACUGGUACGGAAUGCAAUGAUGGCUGCUCAGGCACCAUCGCUGCCCAGCAGUACGUUGAUACAACUAUCACCCUGGCCUCAGCAGACACCACCUUCGGCGAUACCAUUGCCAGCGCAUCUGGAGCCACAUACACUGGUCUGAGCUCAAGCUCUGGUGGCAAAGUGUGGAAAAUCAGCGCCAUCAACGUGCCCGCAAUGUCAUAA